UAAUCUAUUUGAAAAUUAUUAUAAAUGUAUAAUAUGCCUAGCCCUUCUGUAAUAUAUUUAGAUCGAAAUAAAUUGUCAAAAGAAAAGAAUGCUGCAAAACUAAUUGCUGUAACCCGGAAGUCUUUGUGUAUCGCCUCGGUUAAGUUUGGGGCCUGGAACAAGCGAUAAGAAGCGGGAGCUUAGUGUAAAUGAAUAAAGGGUUUGACACCAUCGAUACAAGAAAGAAAAUUUUCUCUGAAUGAGGAAUUGAGAUGAAGAGGAAUUUCUUCACUCAGAAUUGUGAAUUCUCAAGCCCAGAGAGCUGUGGGGGCUCAGUUAUUGAGUAUGCUAAAGACUUGGAUUGAUAGAUUUCGACAUAUUUACAAACGUCAAGGGACAUUGAAGUAGGAUAUCAGUUGUCAUCUCAUUGAAGAGCUGAAUAGCCUACUCUACUUCCUAUGUCCUCUGCUCUUUGUUCUUGAACUGUGGUCCUUUUUUAUAUCUACAAACUUUUGAUCAAUGAGAUACCAUUGCAUGGAAAGCCUCGUACAGUGACUUUGCUAGUAUCACGUUGCCACGGAUGAUGAGCAAUUCUACCUUGAUUGGUCAGAAUAGCUCUCUGGAAGGAAGAAAUUUAGAUAAAGCUGAUCAGCAGUGUACAUUGGGUACUAUUGGGACAAGGCUUAUGUCGACAGGGUCUGUGGGGAGAUCUGAUGGGGCCCAGUCCCCCUCGGCACAGAAACGCACCGCAACUCAAGCUUUCAGCCUACUUCCCAAACGCAGAAGCUCAUCCAGAUCCAUAAAACGCAAGAAGUUUGAUGAUGAGCUAGUUGAGAGCAGCCUCGCUAAAUCUUCCACUCGGGCAAAGGGUCCAACAGGGAUGGAACCUGGGCGAUACUCUGGCAGUGAACCAUCAUCCAAUGAGAAGAGAAAACCUCUGAUUUGUAGCUCCAUGCUGCAAUUCCCGGUACUUGCUGAUUGUAUCAAGGAUCACGCUCUAACUGAUGAAUCAAAGGAGGCUGGCACUGAAAAUUUGUUCCUUGUAGAUGGUGGACAGGCAUUGGCGAGUCGGGAGCAGAUAUCAAAAUCUACUACAGUGCCAUCAGCUCCCAGUAGCAUUGCCAAGAGGUUGAAGAAAAGCAAGCAGCCACUUCAAGUCACAAAAGAUCUUGGACGAUGGAAACCAACAGAUGACUUGCUGUUAAUAAAUGCAGUCUUGCAGACAAAUGACUUGACUGCAGUGCACCUUGGAGUGAAGUUCAGUUGUCGUUUCACAUUACGGGAGAUCCGGGAGCGGUGGUAUGCACUGUUGUAUGACCCUGUUAUAUCGAAAUUGGCUUGUCAGGCGAUGAGACAGCUUCACCCUGAAGCAAUUGCAGCAAUUCAGGCCAAAGCUCUUUAUAGCAAGGCAGAGGAGCAACAGUUGGCAAAGAUUGGAUCGACUAGUCAACCCACACUGGACACCUUUCAGGAGUUACUGAACAAACAUCCAAAUGUUUUCUAUCAGUCUCGCACUGCUAAAUCUCUGCAGGUUCAUUGGCAGCUGAUGAAACAAUACUAUCUCUUAGAAGAUCAAACAGUCCAACCGUUACCGAAGGGAGAUCAAGUUCUGAAUUUUUCUGAUGCGGAAGACAUGAUUGAUGACAGCAAACUCAAAGAAACAAGAGAUGAUGUCCUGGAACAUGAGCUCACUCUCGCAGACCGGCGUCAGAAACGAGAGAUUCGGCAGUUGGAACAGGAGCUUCCAAAAUGGCAGGUUCUUGUGGACAGUGUCACAGGUAUCAGCUCUCCAGACUUCGAUAACCAGACCCUUGCUGUUUUACGAGGCAGAAUGGUUCGAUAUUUAAUGAGAUCUCGUGAGAUAACAUUGGGUAGAGCCACAAAAGAUAAUCAGAUUGAUGUUGACCUCUCUCUAGAAGGACCAGCAUGGAAAAUCUCCAGAAGGCAAGGUAUAAUAAAACUGAAGAACAAUGGAGACUUUUUUGUUGCUAAUGAAGGCCGACGUCCCAUCUACAUCGAUGGCAGGCCAGUACUUAGCGGAAAUAAAUGGAAGUUGAACAACAAUUCUGUUGUUGAAAUUGCUGGCCUUCGCUUUGUGUUUCUAAUUAACCAAGACCUGAUUGCCCUGAUCAGAGCUGAGGCUGCAAAGAUGAACCAGCAGUGAGGGGCAGAUUCUAGUUUCUGAAGAAACAGGAAAUGGUGUGUGAAAAUAAUAAUCAAGGCAUCAUUCAAUGGCCAGAGAUCUGUAAGCAUCCUGAUCUUUGGACUGUUAGCUGUUUUAUCUAAUUUUAGAAGGAUUAACAAACACAGGACCAGAGUCAUCUGCUGAUACUGAUGCAUAUCUGUCAAUAGACAUGCUAUGGACUGUGUUGCUUUUCCCUCGCAUGGGCCUUGAUGGACAGAGGGAAAAGAACACAAACCUGACAUUUCCACAUUUGUGGAUGACCCACCUGGAAGAUGACUGCAACUAGAAUAUUCUUUAUCAUUUUCACAAAUCUAUUCAUGUGUUGUCACAAUUAAGUUUCUAAUGACUGUUAUUUAAUGGAAGUGAACCAUGGAAUAUUAACUCUCUAUAAUCUGAGAUAAAAGUUACACUUUUGUGUUCAGUUAUUUGUUUAUAAAAAAGGGUUAAACCUUUUCAAAGUUAGGAAAAUCAUUCUUUCGAAUUCUUUUCAAGUACGUGAGGACAUUUGCGUUUUCAGCUGCAUUAUGCAUUUAAACAUAUGCACUCUACUGCGUGCUACUCCCAAAGUUAAAAGUACUAAUCUGAUUGAGACCGACUAGAUCUUGCAGCAGAAUGGUUUCACAGUCCUCCUGAAUUUGAGUUUCAGGAACUUUGGGAUGGGGUGGAUUCAUGCAGUAGAGAUUUGACCUCUGGGACUAUGCUCGGCUUUCCAGAGGUUGCAGGAAUCGAGGGGAAGUAUAAAGUCACCUUUAAUUGAGGACAAUAGGAAGUAGCUGAAGAUAAGCUAAACUUGACUCUUUUUUUUGAAAAACACAUCUACUCAGUGAUCUCUGUUCUGAAUCAUAGUUGCACACCUGGUAGGUACUAAACAAUUCCUACUACAAGCAGACUUAAUUAUCUUAACCCACAGACCAUUACAUCUAGUUCAGUUCUCAAUCGCUCCCAAGUUAACAACACAUUCUUCCUUUGGAUCAAUGUCCUCUACAAACUGCACCAAGUCAGCAAAUACGAAGAGACAGAAGGUUAUUUGCAUUGUAUACAUUUAUGCUGCUGUGCUCCUCCACACGUGCUUCAUCCCAUGAGGUUCCCUUCAAACACUUCCUGUAGUUAUUAAAGUCAUACUUUCCUCAAUCUCGUUUCCCUGGAUAAGCACUAUCAAAAGCUCCCACAGGGUAUAGUUUGCCCCUGCCAUGAUACACUAAUAGAUGUAUCUUAGUUUAUGAUCAGUGAGAAUACUUCUAAAGAGCAAAGGGACAAUUAUAUGGUAUUAACUUAGUACUGCUACAAUUUGCCUGAAAAUCUUUUAACUGUGCCUUAGUACACUAUGAUACCUUUAUUCCGGGAAACACUCAUUGUACAAGUUCAUCUUGCAGACCACUUCUGUUAAUUUAUCACCCACAAUUAUUACAAUAGGAUUUGUAACAAAAAGAAAUAAUUUCUGCUUAAUGAUCUAUCUAGUGGUACUUUUAGGAACAAGAGUAGGCCAUUCAACCCGUUGUGCCAAUGGCUGAUUUGAAUACUUCAGUGCUCUUUUACCUACCCCAUCCUCAUAACCUUGUACACCAUUAGUAAUCAGAAAUCUAUCAAUCGCUUCCUUAAACAUACUCAAAGACUGAACUUACAGUCCCCUGAGUGGUGAACCUUUGGCAUUCUCUACCCAUCAAGUAAUAAAUCAUCUCAGACUUAAGCAGCAUCGCGCUCCCACCCCGCACAAACCAGGGGAAACUUCUUGCCUGCACCUGCCCUCUUUAACCCUUUAAGUAUUUUGUAGGUUUCAAUAAGAUCAUCUCUCAUACUUUGGAACUCGAUUACAAGCCCAAUUUGCUCAAUUUCUCCAUCAAGACAACUCACUAAAAUAGGUAUCACCCAGAGGUUUAAAUCAGAUUCAAAAUUUAAAGUUACUGUCUUGCUAAUGCAAUUAAUUACCUUAUGUAGUUUAAGUUCAUGCAUGAUGGGAAGUAAUAUAGAACUGUCAUUAUACCCAGUGAUAACUCUCUCCAUUAUGAUAGCAUUUUGUUUUAUUGAGAGGGAAAAGUCACAGCUAUACAACAAGGAUUAGUUUAGAAUACUGCUUUAUUCAUCAACUAAGUUUUAAACACAUGACAUAUGUCAGGAGAAGACUUGCAUUAAGAGGGAACAGCAAUUCUACUGCCUGAGAUGUAGCCAUAAUGUAUCACCAUACCAUAGAUCGGAAGAUUCAGUCAGGUAAAUAAUAAUCAACUAUAUUGAAAAACAGUCUGCUGUCUGCAUGGUAACCUAAACUUUCAAUAAUUAGUUUGGAUAUCCAGCACGUUACUGCUGAACUACCAGAAUAUGCUCAAUGAAUCUGUGACAUGAUCCCUUAUCUCAACAUCAAGUGUGUAGGGGUUAAUAACAAUAACCAUUUACUGUAACUACACAAUUUGUGGAUUUCAAUCUAUUGUGCAGACUGUGAACAGUUGAAACUUUAAUUAAUUUCAUUUGAUUGUUGAUUCAGUAGAUCUGAAUGCUAGCACAAAACUCAAAGUGGGAGUAAAAUAGCAUAUGGUACAAAUGAAUGUUUCAGAAUUUACUGUCAGUUCUUAGAAGUCAGUGUUUACCAGCACAUGGAAACAAAGUUACACUUGACUCUAUUUUGAAAGAUAAUGUAGUUUAACAUAGGU